UACACUGUUUAAUUGACCAACUUUAUAGGUUUUUGUGUGUUUUAUGGGAGUGAUUUCGUGUUUGUUGGUUAACUGAUUGAUUGAUUGAUCAGCUGAUCCUGUUGUCACGGUUCUCUGAGCAGCAGGAGGAGGUUUGUUUCCAUAACGUGAUGAGAGGAUGAUGAUGAUGACCCCCCCUCCUCUCCUCUCCUACUCCCCCCUCCUCUCUGUACCGGAGCUUCUCUCUGGUUGAACCGGAUCAUUCGGAGGCUCCGUUUCUGGAUGAAUCUUCAUCCUCCAUCGUGAUGCAGCUCGACACCUUCAACACCUCCUCCUCCUCCGGUGCUCCUCUCCCGGUGUCCCUGGACGACGGCUCCUUCUUCCUUCCGGUGAACGGCUCCGGUAACGGCUCGGAGGCGGGCGGCGGGGCUCCGUCGGCGGGCAGCGCGGCUCUGAUCUCGUCCAUCUACUCGGUGGUGUGCCUGGUGGGUCUGGGCGGGAACUCCAUGGUGAUCUACGUGAUCUUCCGGUACGCCAAGAUGAAGACGGCCACCAACCUGUACCUGCUGAACCUGGCGGUGGCGGACGAGCUGCUGAUGCUCAGCGUCCCGUUCGUCGUCACCGCCGCGCUGCUCCGCCGGUGGCCGUUCGGCGCAGCGCUGUGCCGCGUCGUGCUCAGCGUGGACGCCAUCAACAUGUUCACGAGCAUCUACUGCCUCACGGUGCUCAGCGUGGACCGCUACAUCGCCGUGGUGCACCCGCUGCGCGCCUCCCGUUACCGGCGGCCCACCGUGGCCAAGCUGGUGAACGCGUGCGUGUGGCUGUUCUCGCUGCUCGUCAUCCUCCCCGUCAUCCUCUUCUCCUCCACCGCCCCCAACUCCGACGGCUCGGUGGCCUGCAACAUGCAGAUGCCGGAACCGGAGCGGCGCUGGAUGGCGGCGUUCGCGGUCUACGCCUUCCUCAUGGGCUUCCUGCUGCCCGUGCUCGCCAUCUGCCUGUGUUACGCGCUCAUCCUCAGCCAGCUGCGCGCCGUGGCGCUGCGGGCCGGCUGGCAGCAGCGGCGGCGCUCGGAGCGGAAGAUCACGGUGAUGGUGACGGUGGUGGUGUCGGUGUUCGUGCUCUGCUGGAUGCCCUUCCACGUGGUGCAGCUCGUGGGCGUGUUCCUGCAGAGACACGACCCCACGCUGAGCCAGCUGGCCGUGGUGCUCGGGUACGCCAACAGCUGCGCGAACCCGCUGCUCUACGGCUUCCUGUCCGACAACUUCCGGCGCUCCUUCCAGAGGAUCCUGUGUCUGCGCUGGAUGGACGGACCCGAGGAACCGCUGGACUACUACAGCACGGCCCUGAAGAGCCGCAGACUCAGCCUGGACCUGGACCCGGACCAGGACCCGGAUCAGAACCAGGUCCAGCAGCUCCAGGAGGUAGACUGAUCCCAGCAGAGGUUCUAAAGCAGGAACCUACAGACCCUCAGGUUGCUUUCUAGCCCUCCUGUUGACCCGUUUUAAAGUCCGAAAAUGUGGGGGAAAAAAAAUUUAUGUCCACAUUUUCAACAUUUUUGGGAAAUUUUUUGAACGUUUUUUUGGUGGAAAAGAAGAAAUGUUAAAAAAAAAAAUGUUUCUUUAAGAACAUUCACAAAAAAACUCACCAAAAUCCAGCAAAAUUCGCUGAUUUUUUGUGAAUGUUCUUAAAGAAAAUAUUGGAAGUUUUACUGAUAUAUAUGUAAUCAUUUUAGAAAAUUUUAGGAUUUUUUUUUAGAACAUUUUUACUCAUUUUUUGAAAAUAUUUGCAUGAAAUUUGUUGCCAAUUUUUUUUUUUUUUUAAAACAAAACUUUUAAGGGAAACUUUUAAGGAAUUAUUGGAUUUCCUUCCUGAAGGUUUUGCAAAUUUUCAGAAAUUUGGGGAAUUUUCUUGCUGAAUUUUUUAAAAAAAAAAUUCAGACAAAGAAACAGUAUUUUUUGGUGCCCGUAAAUGAAGACAGCAGGAGGGUUAAAACAGUUCAUCGUGGAUCAAUACCUGAAGUGUCCUGACUCACCUGUGACCUCACCUGAGCAGCCGAAAGAGACACAUGACAGCACCGAGGGCUCCUAUUGGCUGAAGGUGACUCAACGAGCCAAAGACCAACGAUGAACCUCAGAACUUCCGGUGUCCUUAAACGCACCGCGGUUUGAUUUUACUGAAACGCCUGAAGUGAACACGUGACGUUUUCGCCAUCAGCAGGUGAAUGUGAUGAUGUCACACUGUGGAGCUUCUUCAGGUACAACAACAGACACACAAAGCAGCUGGAACAACAAGAACAACAAUAAAUACAGAUUCUAAAGCAGGGGUGUCAAACAUGCAGUCCGUGGGCCAAAAGCGGUCCUCCAGAGGGUCCAAUCCGGCCCUCAAAGUGUAAAAAUUCCAGAGAAGACAUUAACUGCAGAUUGUAAAUUAGUAAAACUACAAACGUAAAAUCAUUUCUAGACCAUGACAAGUUGCUUUGAUCAUGAAGUAAAAUACUAGAUUGUUCUUUUGUCAUUUUGUGUCUCAUUUUUUGUAAAAUUGUCUCUUCUUUUUUGUCUGACUUUAGACGAUUGUCUGAUGUUUUUGUUGUUUUUCUCGUUUUUUUUCUGUUUUUUGCCAUUUGUCCAUUUUUUUGUCGCUUUGUAACUUUUUUGUCUAAUUUUUUGUCUCUUUUUUGUUUGGUUUCAUCCCAUUUUGUCAUUUUGUGUUUCCUUUUGGAUCGCUUGUGUUGUUCGUCUGUUUUUUUUGUCAUUUUGAUUCUUGCUUUUGUCAUUUUUUGUCUAAUUUUUGCCCUUUGUUCAUUUUUUUGUCGCUUUGUAAGAUUUUUGUCAAAUUUUUUGUCUCUUUUUUGUUUUGUGUUGUCUCAUUUUUUGUCAUUUAGUUUCUCACUUUUGUUGUUUUGUGUCUCAUUUUUGUAAUAUUUUGUGUUGUUUUUUGUCUUUUUUGUCUGUCUUUAGACGUUUGUCUCAUGUUUUUGUUGUUUUGUUCCUCAUUUUUUGGGUCUCAUUUUUGUUGUUUGUCCAUUUUUUGUCGCUUUGUAACUUUUUUGUCUAAUUUUUUUUCUUUCUUUGUUUUGUUUCGUGUCGUUUGUCUCACUUUUUGUCCUUUUGUGUUUCCUUUUUGUGUCACUUGUGUUUUUUGUCUUAUUUUUGUCAUCCUGUGUUUUUGCUUUACUCGUUUUGUGUUGUUUUUGUUGUUUUUUGUCAUUUUGUUUCUCGCUUUUGUCAUUUUUUUUCCCUUUCUAACUUUUGUGUCUAAUUUUUUCUCUUUUUUGUUUCGUUUUGUGUCGUUAGUCUCUUUUUUGUCAUUUUGUUUCUUGCUUUUGUCAUUCUGUGUCUCGUUUUUGUAAAAUUUUGUCUUGUUUUUGUUUUUUUUUUGUCUAAUUUGUCAUUUUGAUCAUAAAAUGAAAUACUAUAUCAUUCAGUUACAGAUACAGUAUUUUUUUUGCAGUAAAACAAAGGAAAAAUGUGGAGUUGUGGUUAUUUCUAGGUUAGCAUGUUAUGAUUUUAUUGGUCACUGGAGAUCAAACUGGGCUGAAUGUGGAACCUGAAGUUUGACACCCCUGGUCUAAAGUGUUGCUGUUGACGUUUCUGCUUCAUGUUGUUUCUGCGUGUCGCUGAGCAGCUACAGCCUCUAAUCAAUCAACCAAUCAAUCCAUCAAUCAAUCAAUCAAUCAAUCAAUCAAUCAAUCAAUCAACCAACCAACCAACCAACCAACCAACCAAUCAAUCAAUCAAUCAAUCAACCAUCCAACCAGUGUGCAGCAGCAUGAAGUGUGAAUGUUGACAUCUUCAGCUUGUUUCUAUGUGAAUCCUCAACCAUCUAAAGUCCGUAUGAACAGAAGCAGCUUUAAACUAUAAAUAGGUGAAACUAAAAGUUUCUCUGAGCUGCUGCUGUUUUCUACUUUAAUAAAUUCUAUCAUAAAGUAUCUUCUAUUUUUAUUACAGCAUCAUGUGGACAUUAGAAUACUGGAGUCUGGUUCGCUGCUGGAAAACAUGAGUCUGUAAAUAAAGAGUUUUAUGAUUCACUGUAAAACUAAAUGAAACAUUUAUUUUUUUCAGAGGAAACUGUGUUUGAUGUUCUACGUUUUCUGCAGAUCAAUAAAGAAGUGAUUUUAACUUAAUGAGUGUCUUCUGUCAUGUUAAAUAGAAAAGAUUAGAAAAAUGAGCUGCUGCAGAGAUUUUAUUUUGUUUGUCUCAUGUCACAUUUUGUUUCAUGUCUUUGUUGUCAUUUUGCAUCCCUUUUUUUGUUAAUUUAGCAUCUUUUUGUGGUUGUUUUGCAUCAAUUUCGAUUAUUUUGGGCCAAAUUUUGGCAAUUUUGCAACAAAUUUUUGUCAUUUCAUGUCUUUUUGUGGUUGUUUUGCAGCAUGCUGUGUCUUUUUGGUGGUCAGUAACAUUUAACUUUGGUCAGUUUAUGUCACAGUGAGGUUGCAUUUGGUUGUUUUAUGGUCGCCUGUAUCAAUAUUUUUUCAGUUUUUGCUAUAUUUUGGUAAUUUUCCAUCUAUUUGUGGUUGUUUUGUAUAAUUUCUGGUUCAUUUUGCAUGUCAUUUGCAUUUAAAUUAGAUUAUUUUGCGUCACAUUUUGGUAAUUUCACUUCUAUCAGUUCAUUUUGCAGCAAAUGUUAGUCAUUUUAUGUCUUUUUGUAUUUGUUUGCAUAAGAUUUUGGAUGUUUCUUGACACAUUUUUAAUAUUUUAUGUCUUUUUGUGGUCAUUUUGCAUCAAAGUUUGGUCAUUUUCCACCUUUUUGUGCUUGUUUUGCAUCACUUUUCUUUCAUUUUGCAUCUUUUUGUGGUCAUCUGCAUUUAAUUUAGGUUAUUUUGCAUAACACAUUGGUAAUUUUACUUCUCUCAGGGGUUGUUUUGCAACAAAUUUUUGUCUUUAUGUCUUUUUGUGGUCAUUUUACAGCACACUGUCUUUUGGUGGUCAAUAACAUUUAAUUUUGGUCAUUUUCCAUCUUUUUGGGGUUUGUUUUGGUUCACUUUGUGUUGUCUUUUUAAAGAGUUAAAUAGAGGAAUUUAAAAUCUGCUGCAGCAAUCCUUAAAUCACAAACCUUCAAUGUAGUUUAAGAUGUGCGUUAUUCAGUGUGUCUGACAGAGUUUAGACUGUGAUUUUAUAAAUUCCUCUCGUUCUACUUGUGUGGCAGAAAGAAGCUGAAAUAAUCCAACUGCGCCAAUGUUUUAGACAAAAUGAGACUUCAGGACUGAAAUUACAGUGAGAGGAAGGAGCCUGUCUGUUCCCAGAAUGCACUGCACCGUCAUGUCUUUAUAUCAAUACAGACAGUGUCUUUCUGAGUUUCCAUGGUUACAGAGCUGAUCCAAUCAGACUGAGCGCUGGGCUCACAGGGAACUGUUGUGAAUCUGAUGAUGAAGAUGGAAAAGAUGAAGUGCUCCAUAAUCUGCAGCGACCUGAAUCAGUCACUGGGAUCAAUAAAGUUGAUGAGAAAAGCUUUUCUCUGGAUUAAGGCUCCAUCUCAUCAUCUGCUGUCGGCUCCCUGAAGGUCACAACUCAUGAUGUCAGCAGCGUUUCACAACUCCUAGUGUCACAAACACUUCAGAAAUAAUCAAUAAUGUCCUCACAAUGAACAUGAGAGACACAGACAACAUUAAUCUGUGUGAGAAAUUGAUAAGUUUCUCAAUCCAUGUGACUCUAAAAACUCCACAGCUUGACAAACUCUAAGAUUAAACUCUCCACAGCGAUCCAAAAUAAGUUGGACUUCUACAUGAGAGCUUUAAUUAUUCUUCAUCUACUUCCUGAAAAGUUUGGUCAAUAAAAAAGACAAAAACUAAUAUUUUCAGCUGAACCAAAGACAGACUGUGAUUUUUCUGCUCACAUGUUGUGUUGUUGUAAACUUCCUCUUUCAAAUAAAUAUCCUCCUAACCCCCUGGAAACCAGCGUUUGUCCUGUUUUUGUGUUGCUCCUCGGCAAACCUAGACAGCCGGGUCCUAAUGUUUUUUUUUAGCAACACACCAUACUAUGACGUUUUUACAAUGAGGGUUCUACUAUGGAACCAGUUUGACAUGUUCAGGUGUUCUUUGUGUGAAAACUCAAGAGAUUUCAGGGAUCAGAAGGUGGUUUUCAACUUUCUUUGUUAACUUUCUGCUUCAACUUUAAAUUAAAUUUCCUUCACUAACCCAGCCCUCUGGACUUCCAGGAAGCUGUGUUCCUAUUGGCUGUCCAGGUGGCUGCUUGGUGUUAUCAGGAACACCUGAGCAGCUCAGUGUCUUCCUGCUUUAUUUAGCUGCAGACAAACAUUUCCUCUGCUUCUCUUCACCAGUGAACUGGGUUUGGCUCCAUUGCUUCAGUUUGUUCUUUAGGCGUUGGCUUGCAGCUUCCAGCAGUAAAAUCGUCUUUAAUGUGUUUCUUGGUGUGUUUUAGGGCUUUGUACUGGAUAGUUGUCUUGGUAAAUGUGGUUCUUUAGCCACAGUUAGCACAUGGUGCUAAUGUGUGCAGUGAUUAGUGGAUUUGAUGCAGCUGAGUUGUGUCUUUAUCUUGGCUGUAGUGAGUCUUCAGAGGUUUUUGGUCAGACACAUUCUGUAUUCUUGUUUGAGAACCAGCAUUGGUUGUCCAGAAGGUAAGAGUUCCUGUCCUGAUUCUCUGUUCUCAGAGGUUCUCUGGUAGGCUGCAGGAGACUUUAGCGUUUGGGUUGUGCUAGUUUGGUUUUUGUACAGUUUCAUUUGGACGACUAUCUUGAGGCCCCUCCAUGUGGUUUAGUGAGGUUUUCUGGAACAGUUCUACAAAGCAGCCUGCAGCAGAAGAGACUUUGAGAGUUUUUAGGAAGUUCUGGAGAGCAGACUGUAGAGCAGCAGAAACAUUUGUCAGUAGUUUGAGCAGGAGAAGGUGAGCUUCAGAGUAGAAAUGAGAAGGAAACCUUCUUGACCUGUGUGGUGAGGUCCUGUACCAAGAGUUUGAGCAGGUUGUGAAGAGUCUGUAGUUCUUUGGUCUGAAAGCACAAGAAGAGUCGACUCAUUAAAGGAGAAAACAGGAGAUAUUGUUGGUUCUUCUGUCGCUCUGCAGUUUCCUUAGACUGAAUAUCAAGUUUAUAUUUUAAAUGAUUUACCAUGUGAGCCCAAGAAGACCUCAAUAAACUCCCUCCAUCCCCUGGACACAACACAUUUUAUUACCAUGUUAAAUCUUUUUUUAAAAAUAUAUUUUGGAGUUUUAAUCAUAGUUUUAGCAUUUUUUUUUCUCUUUGCUUGUUUAGUUUUGUAAUCUGUGUGAAAGGUGCUAAACAAAUAAA